UUGGCGCGAGAAUUAGGAUUGAGGGGGGAACAAAUGAAUUUGGGGCCUAAAUGCACAGAGUAAGGCCUUUUUAUUUGUGGGCCCAGCAAAUUUGAGUUUCUUGUAUUCCACAGUCACUCCCUUUGCUUACCGGAACCACCAUCGCUUUCCGAUUCGUUCUUUCCGUUAGUUCUACACGAAAAACCCUAGCACCCAUGGAUAGCUUACAAGCUACUUACAAAGACGAAGAGGAUGAAGAAGACGACACUCCACCUACAACCACCGCCACCGCCGAAGGAGGAGGAGGAGGUACCGACACCGAAUCUCCAGAUGCGCCUCCCCUCACCACCAGCACCCCCUCUGACACCCCAACCGAAGCCCAGAACGACGGCCGGUCCGAGCCUGACCCUUCUGACGACCUCUCCGACGACGAAGCCGCGUCUGACGGUUCCGCGGAACCGAAGAAGUCACCGAAAUCCGGAAGAGAAGAAGGAGACGAAGACGAAGAAGAGCCUCCUCCGAAAAAACAGAAGCAGCUCUCCUCUCUGACGGCCGAGACCGCCGGGAAGGAGGAUUCGCCCGCGUUGCGGGAGGGAAACAACGGUUCCGGCUAUGCCGCGACGCCGGCGAACGGUACUGGGACGAAUUCGAAGAAAUCGAAGAAGAAGAGCAACAACGUGUGGGCGACGAAGUCGACGAGGAAGGGGAAGAAGAAGAGCAAGGGAAACAACAACCACACGAACGGGGAAAAUAACGUUCUGAUAACGCCGGUUCCGAGAUUCCCGGACAAGAGCGACGACACGCCGGAGAUGAAGAUAUGCUUGUCGAAGGUGUACAAAGCCGAGAAGGUGGAGUUGAGUGAGGACAGAAUGAGUGCAGGGAGCACCAAGGGUUAUAGAAUGGUUAGGGCAACGAGAGGGGUUGCAGAAGGAGCAUGGUACUUUGAGAUUAAGGUUGUUAAUUUGGGGGAGACUGGGCACACGCGCCUUGGAUGGUCCACUGAGAAGGGUGAUUUGCAGGCACCGGUUGGGUAUGAUGGGAAUAGUUUUGGCUACAGAGAUAUUGAUGGAAGCAAGAUACAUAAGGCAUUGAGGGAAAAGUAUGGAGAGGAAGGGUAUAAGGAAGGUGAUGUUAUGGGUUUCUAUAUCAAUUUGCCAGAUGGGGACAAGUAUGCUCCCAAAGCAUCUCAUUUGGUUUGGUAUAAAGGCCAACGAUAUGUUUGUGCCCAAGAUGCUAAGGGGGAGGAUCCACCCAAAGUAGUGCCUGGAAGUGAGAUAUCGUUCUUUAAAAAUGGCAUAUGCCAAGGUGUAGCUUUCAAAGAUCUUUAUGGUGGUCAUUACUAUCCCGCUGCUUCAAUGUACACUCUCCCCAAUGAACCAAACUGCACAGUCAAGUUCAACUUUGGUCCUGAUUUUGAAUUCUUUCCUGAGGAUUUUGAUGGACGGCCAAUUCCCAGGCCAAUGAUUGAAGUUCCUUAUUAUGGUUUUGACAAUCGAGUUGAAAAUGGAGAGUCUAAUGAGAAGAAAUCCUAGAAAGAUUGAUUUAAGUUGCAUUUAUUAUUUAAAUGCACGUUCUGCACAUAUGGAUGGCUUCAUAUUCUGCUGUAAUGUUGAUUGGUUUUAAAAUUGAUUCACAGAUGAUUAGAUUAGUGGUGUAAACUGAAAGAGAGAUAUUGCCUGCGUGAAAUACAUAAAUUUUUCAUGGGUUCAGUCAGUAUUCUGUAGUUUCUUAAUUUCUUUGGCAGUGUCUUUUUCAAUAUUUUUUUCCAUCUGCUGUACGAGUUACAUUUAGUGUCAUUAUGAUAAUUAUCCAAUUUUUGUAUUCUGUCAACACCCAUGGUAAGAUGCUGAACAAGAACUCUUGACUACACGUAUCUUAUUGGGCAAAAAUCUGAAAGAUCAAACCUACUUUUAGCAUCAUCUUUCGGAAAAAACGUGAGUUGAUUGGCGUAUUUUUGUAGCGUUUUCUGUUCUGUUGGGCUUCGUGCACCCUUUUCCAUCGUUGAUUACGUUGUUCACCUGACCUGGAUGGUUAACAUUACUCUGACCAAAUGAAAAAUAAAACGAAAAACGAAACAAUAACACUAUGUGUUCCCUUAUAUUUAUAUGUUUUAUAAAUGUCAAUUGCUGAAACAAAAUAUUUCCCAGCAUAUAAUAUCAUAUCCGGGGUAUGAUGUGUGGUUCUUGUGUGUUUGUAUCAGCCAAUGACUCUUCUAAUGAAUAGGGGAGUUGAGACCCUCUUGAGAAGACAACGGAUGCAGUGAUUGGUGCCGCUUGGAAGGGAAAGAUGGUGCUUUCCUGAACGAAGGGCGCUUCUUGAUACGCUGAAGAGUUUGUUUGGCAUAGAUACUAUAAAUGAAAGGUGCAACUCUCUCCUUAAAUUUGAGAAUGAAAAAGAAAAGAACUCUAAGCGAUAGGAGAAUGACCAUCACUGCAGCUAAGUCCCACCAUUUUGAAUUAUCAACUUGAAUGCCAAGCAUUGUUUUGAGGAUUAUUUCUCCUUUCAGUUUCGGGCCCCCAGGUACCGAAGAAUCAAACUCCAUCCCAAUCAUGUCAUUCUUGUAAGCUCCCUGCAUUCCCCAUAAUCACUAAGCAUAUAAAUUGAAAAAAUUGCACUAGUUAUAUCACACACCUAACGCAUUAAAAGAAGCAAUAUGUUAACAUUUUGAGAUAUAUUAGAGAAUUCGUUGUCAUUUGAUAUCCUUUUGAUCAUGCAUGUACUUAAUUUUUUUUUUCUUUGGAGAAUGGUGAUUUUCCUGAACUUACCUGCAAUCCCCAUGCACCAUAAUUGAUGUAUGAAAUUGGGUAACGCCAGAAGAAUUUGGGAAGAUCAGGGAUCUGACGGAAAUAGCCAGCUGUCAUCAUCAUAACACCCUGCAAAUGCACAUACUUUAAUAAGCAAACCAAUAAAUUUUCAAUGAAAAAUAGGCUUAAAGUAGUGGUAAUAGUAGUACACUUACAAUAUAUCCCGCUCCAAUUAUCAAUCCCAUGAGGAAGUUGGGAACCAGUGAAGCUAUUAUCAUCAUAGAACUCUCCACAACCGCAAUGCAACCAAUAAGAUCAAGACAGAUAUACAAAAGAUGUGAAAAUUCUGGACGAAACUUAACCAUAUAAUAGGUUAUAGUUCCCGUAGCAAUGGACAUGACUGCCACAAAGGGAAAUGAAGAGAGAAAAUUUGAUAGAAUGUAGACUGCAACCCCAUAAUACCCAUUGAGCCUUUCUUUGUAAAAGACCUGUAUCAAGAUAG